AAAAUUAUUGUUUUAAUAUGGUUUCUGUAGGAUGACAAACAUGACACAAACCUCCCUAAUUGUUAUAAAUCACACUGUUUGUAUUAAACAUGCGAGUAUUUGGCAAGCGCCGUUUUGUCCUACUAAUUUUGGCGGUCCUUGAACUCACCUUAGUUGUUACAUGUAUAACUUUCUCCGACUUUCUAGGACGUGUUUUAUGCCACUUCUUUUUCUGUCUCAUUUUGUCCACCACACUUUUAACGUUGUGCGUGAAUGCACAAAGCAUGAACUGACUUGGUCUGCACUCAAAAGAAUGAUGACAUCACCACAGGCUAGAUGCACAGUGCGAGUGAAGUCCCUCCUUCAGGAGCUUCAAAAUAGCUGACACUGCAGAAGUGGCCACCUGCAGCAGCAUCCUUGUGCAACUAGUGUUGUGACAUCAGGCGCAGAGGAAGAGCGACUCGCGAAUGAAAAGGGAUACACAUUUAUGGAGCAAAAUAAUGAGACGCUCAGCAGCAACUCCACCGCCUGUCCGUCCAUCGACGACUUCCGCAAUCAGGUUUACACCACGUCCUACUCCAUCAUCACUGUCUUCGGCCUGGUAGGGAACGGUUUGGCCCUGGUGGCGCUGAUCAAAUUGUACCGGCAGAGUUCUCCUUUCCAGGUCUACAUGCUGAACCUGGCCGUGUCCGACCUGCUGUGUGUCAGCACUCUGCCUAUGAGGGUGCUCUACUACGUGAACAAGGGCCAGUGGAACCAGGGCGAUUUCCUGUGUCGCAUCAGCUCCUACGCCCUCUACGUCAACCUCUACUGCAGCAUUUACUUCAUGGCGGCCAUGUCCGUCACACGCUUCCUGGCCAUUGUCUUCCCCGUGCGGAACCUUCAACUGGUGACAGUGAGCCGUGCACGUCUGGCGUGUCUGAGCAUUUGGAUUUGUAUCUGUCUUGCCUCUUCGCCCUUCUUGAUGUUAGGCCAGAAAUUUGAUCCUGUGACCAACAAAACAAAGUGCUUUGAGCCUCCGCAAGGUCAAGGCGUGUCCGCACUUGUAGUGCUGAACAAUUUUUCUUUGGUGGUGGGUUUUCUUCUGCCCUUCCUGGUCAUACUGUUCUGCUAUGCCGGGAUUAUCCGCGCCCUACUUACCCGCGCUCCACUGGCUAGGUGUCACCAGGGCACGCGCUCCAAAUCAAUUAGUAUGAUCGUGAUCAUCCUUUUGACGUUCUUGAUAAGCUUCAUGCCGUACCACGUGCAGCGCUCCGUCCACAUUCACUCCCUGUCCCACACGGACACUCAUUGCACGGAAAGGGUUGCCAUGCAGAAGUCAGUCGUGGUGACGCUGUGCCUGGCAGCAGCCAAUUCAUGCUUUGAUCCGCUGCUCUACUUUUUCUCAGGGGAAGGUUUCCGUAGCCGCCUGUCGUCCAUGCACCUGUAUCGGUCGACCAGCACACAGACACGCUCAGUUAGACUAAAUUCUGCUGGUUUAGAGAACCGAGACAACCGACAGCAAAGAGCCACGUCAUUUAUAUAAAUUAGCAGCACUGUCA